GACGACAUCACCAAGCCAUCGGUUUAUUUCGGACAUCCUUUCCGCUUUUGGGAGCAAAGGCGAAGACUUGAAGCAGAGCCCACAAUCAACGUGGAAGAAAUAAAGACACUGGGAGACAUCGUUGACUAUGACAAGGUUCAUUUGCACAAAGCGAUAAUAAACAGAACAAGCGAGAAAGUCCAAGCCCUAUUAGACACAGAAGACCUUAACCUCUGACAUAGACAACACAAACUAAAACAUCUUCUAGAAGACGAAGAGGAAACGCUAAGACAAGAGUUAGAAGCGAAACGGGCGCAGAAAGAGUGCGGGUAUUGUAAAGAAAAGCAGAGUAAACUGAAGAGCUAUGAAGAAGAGAUUGAGAGGGAGAAAAUAAGGGAAUGUUUGAAGGCUUUGGAGAGGGAGAAAAUUGCCAAAGGAAUGAAGUGCACCAAAGCCGAUGAAUACAAUCUCAGAGCCCUACAGAAGGCACAGAUGGAAGAGAAAUUACACAUAGAAAUGGAACAAGCCAACAUUGAUAGGAUGUGGCAUCAAGUCUUGUUAGAUGAUGUGAGGAGAAAGGAACAAUAUGAAAGGUACCAAGAGCACAGAAGGCAGCAGGAGAUGCGUGAACGCCGGCGAGCCUACGACGAGCAGAUCGCCAGCGCCAGUAGAAAGAGACGGGAGAUGUUGUGUGAGGAGAGGGAGCGAGAGAACAGGAGGCUCGAACGAAUGAGGAAGAAGAUGGAACAGGACCAUUAUGAAGCUUUAAAACGCAAGAAAGAACAACAGAUGAAAAAUCGAAUUAACUUCAUAGAGGGCCACGAAAUGAAGUUACAGAGGCUAGCUUCAGAAAAGUCGAAGGCAAGACAAAUGGACGAUAAUGCCAUAAGGAGGGCUAUGCAGGAAAUCGAGCGGGAGACACGGAGAAAGAGGGAUCAGAUGACGCAACUACAAAUAGACAAGCAAAAUUUCGUAACCCACCACAACCGCGAGAGGCGGAUGGCGCAGGCGUUAGAGCAGGAUAGAGAUUACGUCGUCGACCAAUGGAUGAGAGAGAAAGAGAAUAUCUUGGAUGAGGGAGUUAGACAAGCAGAAGAAGAAAAACGGGCGCAGAAACAGAAACUUGCCGAAGAAUACAGGACACACAUAGCAGAGAGAAAUCACGAGUUAGAAAGAGAACGUCAAGAGCGGGACAUGAAAAUGCAAGCCGUGAGGAACGAGGCAGUGAGAGAACUACAUAAGAAUUUGGACAGUGCCAACCAGGAGCUGAAACGGCAGCUAGAAUAUCGACAGAACCUAGCCACUCAAAUUAGAGAUACACAUAAAGUUAAGUUAACUGAGUCAAUGCAAGAAACAAGAAAGUUACAACCUUUCACUAAGAAGGCAGCUAUGUUCAAGCAAGCGAUGGAGAGAAUCGGCACUGAUCCAAAGAGAACAAGCACGAAUCCUGUUCACCCAUUCAGAAGAAUUAUGGAAUCAGAAAACAUUCAGACCCUACCUUCAAUUUAGAAUAAAACGUUAAAGGUACCAAGAAAAAUAAAAAAUACAUAUUCAACAAGACGUAACAGAUCAAUUUCCCUAAAACAAAUUAAAUUUCGCGCCUUAUAUCUUCCUGUUUCCGGUCAUUUGCUCAA